ACCUCAUGUCCAAGUUCCAUCAGCUGUUCUCUUUGCCUUCAAAAAGAGGCUUUGGCUCCCCUUAUCUGUAUAUAAGCCAUGGAGAGCGAGACAAAGUUUUGUUUUGUAACCAAGUUAAUUAGGAGAAAUUUCCUUCGGAAAUGGUUAAGCUAACAAUUGUUGGAAGGGUGAAUGACGGGUUGCCACUGGCUCAAGGGGCAAGGUAUGUGAAUACAGAGAAUGACAACUUCUCGUAUUACAAGCAACAAGGAGAAUUCUUAAUCAAAGAAAUCUCCAGAGGAGCUUUACCACCUUCCAAAAUGACCAUCCGCGUUGAUCAUCAUUCUUUCAACUAUUUGGUCGUGAAUGGAAUCUGCUUCAUCACGUUGUGCGAUUCUUCCUAUCCAAGAAAACUAGCUUUCCGUUAUCUGCAGGAUCUGCAGAAGGAGCUUGACAAGUUUGAUCAUAGCCUCGUAGGGAAAAUUACAAGACCAUACAGCUUUAUUAGAUUUGAUGGUAUUAUUGCUAAUGUAAGAAAGCAAUAUAUUGAUACAAGAACACAAGCUAAUCUAUCAAAGCUGAAUGCUAAUCGUCGCCAAGAACUGGACAUAAUUACUGAAAACAUGUCCGAUAUUAUAGAAAGAAGACGAAAUUCAGAAAUAUUUGAGACACCAGCUACCCCUCAGACUUUCUCCCAAACACAGAAGAAAUCAGAAAGUUGA